ACCAAAUUUCCCUAGAUCCAUUCUGUUGCCCUCAAGAAUUUCCCGGGGAAAAAAAAAAAAGAAAGCGAAGCGAAGAGAAGAAAAAAAAAGAGGACAGAAUCCAAAGAUAAGCGCAAAUCCAAAUCUGAAAACCUGGCGGAGGAAAGAAGCAGCAAGAGAAUCAAAUCAACCAUGGAGGUUGACGGAGAAGAUCCUCCAAAGAAGCUCAACCUCCCACCGUCAAUGAAUCGACCGACGGUCUCACUCGAGACCCAACGAAUCAACCGUUUAAUCGACUCCAACCAUUACCACUCCCCCUCCAAACCCAUCUACUCCGACCGGUUUAUCCCCAGCAGAUCCGGUUCCAACUUCGCCCUCUUCGGCCUCGAACCCUCGCCUAACAAAGACGGCAAAGAAGACGGGCCCGGUUCUUACGCCGGCAUGCUCCGGGCCGCGCUUUUCGAACCGGAUACGCCGGAGAAGAGAGACGUCGUUACUGGGUUCUCUCCGUCCAGGAAGAUUUUCCGGUAUAAGACGGAGACGCAGAGGCCGGUUAACUCGUUCUCGCCGCUUGGUGGGGCUGGUGAUGAUGAGUCUCCUGGUGUUAGCCGUAGUCCCGUGAAGCCGACGAGGAACAUUCUUAAGUCGGCUUACAAGGUAUUGGAUGCGCCGGCUCUGCAAGAUGAUUUUUACUUGAAUCUCGUGGAUUGGUCGGCACAAAAUGUUCUUGCAGUUGGAUUAGCCAACUGCGUUUAUUUGUGGAAUGCUUGUACUAGCAAGGUAACUAAGUUAUGUGAUAUCGGGAUUGACGAGAGCGUUUGCUCAGUCAGCUGGGCACUACGUGGAACACAUUUGGCGAUUGGAACUAGUAGCGGAACUGUAGAGAUUUGGGAUGCGUUGCGCUGCAAGAGGAUAAGAACGAUGGAAGGUCAUCGACUACGAGUUGGAGCAUUAGCAUGGAGCUCAUCGGUUUUGUCUUCUGGUAGCAGAGACAAGAGCAUACUUCAGAGAGACAUACGGUGUCAAGAAGAUCAUGUCAGUAAACUAACUGGUCACAAAUCCGAAGUCUGUGGUCUCAAAUGGUCUUAUGACAACCGCGAGCUAGCAUCAGGCGGAAACGACAAUAAGCUUCUUGUGUGGAACCAACAUUCAACACAACCGGUUUUGAGAUACUGUGAGCACACAGCAGCGGUUAAAGCCAUUGCGUGGUCACCGCAUCUCCACGGACUUCUUGCCUCCGGUGGUGGCACUGCUGAUAGAUGUAUCCGUUUCUGGAACACAACGACAAACACUUCUUUAAGUUGCGUGGACACCACUAGUCAGGUGUGUAAUUUGGCUUGGUCUAAGAACGUGAAUGAGCUUGUGAGCACGCACGGAUACUCUCAAAACCAAAUCAUCGUUUGGAAGUACCCAACCAUGUCUAAAUUAGCAACUCUCACCGGACACACGUUCCGUGUUCUGUAUCUUGCUGUUUCACCUGAUGGACAGACGAUCGUGACAGGAGCAGGAGAUGAAACCUUAAGGUUCUGGAAUGUCUUCCCUUCCCCUAAAUCUCAGAGCAGGGAGAGCAAAAUAGGGGCGUUGUCUUUUGGUAGAACAACAAUCCGGUGAAAUCCUGAGAUGAUUAUUUCAAUCUCCUGCGAAGAAGAAGAAGAAGGCAAACACAUCCGUGUUUAGUUGGUCGUCCUAACCAAACCUCCCCAUAGAUUUUUGUAGUAUUUUUAUCAUGUAAAUGCAGUAUUAUAUUGGUGGAGAUUGGAAUCUGAUUUAAAUUGAAGUGUUUUUUUA